AUGGCCGCGGUGGACCAGCAUACCAAUAAACGAACCCACAAUGCAGAGGACGGCGACUACGUAUCAGGAGUCACUGACCCUCGAGGCAUAGAGACGGAAGAUCCCGUGGAAGAACUGCGGGAUACCUAUGUGAAGCCAGGCUUGCGCGGGACGUUUCAAUCCAAGUAUGUCGUCCUGUGCGCUUUUGUAGUCAGACUUGGCGGGUUCUUGUUCGGCUAUGACCAAGGUGUUGUCUCUGUUAUCCUCGUCAUGGACCAAUUUCUGGACCAGUUUCCUCGUGUGUCAGAAACAGCGAGCGGCGCGGGCUUCUGGAAGGGAUUUAUGACCGCUAUGAUCGAGUUGGGAGCGUUGAUUGACGCAUUCAAUCAAGGUUGGAUCGCGGAAAAGAUCUCGCGCAAGUACUCGAUCUGCGUCGCUGUGUCUAUCUUUGUGGUGGGCUCAAUCCUUCAAACAGCCGCUCAGAACUAUGCCAUGCUAGUCGUUGGUCGACUCAUCGGGGGCGUUGGUGUUGGGAUGCUGAGUAUGGUGGUCCCAAUGUACAUUGCGGAAGUGUCGCCACCGGAGAUCAGAGGCACACUGCUUGUCCUAGAAGAGUUCUCCAUCGUGUUCGGCAUCAUAUGCGCGUACUGGUUGACGUUUGGCACAAGAUACAUCGGCAGCCAAUGGUCGUUCCGGCUUCCUUUUCUGCUGCAGAUCAUACCAGCAAUUGUCCUGGGCAUCGCGGUCCUGUUCAUACCAUUCUCUCCGAGAUGGCUGGUGUCGAAAGGACGCGACCGAGAGGCCUUGGCGGCUCUGGUCAAACUACGUCGCGUCCCAGCAGAUGAUCCACGUCUCCAAGCAGAGUGGUAUGACAUUCGUGCAGAAGUUGCCUUUCACAAAGAGGUUGCCCAGAAAAGGCACCCGGAACUAGGACUGCAAGGACGACGGUCUCGCUUGAGUGCAAUCAAACUCGAACUCACCGCGUAUGCCGAUUGCUUCCGGCAAGGCUACUGGAAACGAACGAUGGUGGGUAUUGGCUUGAUGUUCUUCCAGCAGUUCGUGGGCAUCAACGCUCUGAUCUACUACUCACCCAGUUUGUUCGAAAGCAUGAAUGUCACGUACAACAUGCGAUUGGUCUUGUCGGGCGUCCUGAAUGUCACGCAGCUCGUCGGAGUGUCGACAUCUUUGUACACGAUGGACCGGUUCGGCCGGCGUCCGCUGCUCCUGAUCGGCAGUGUGUUCAUGGCGGUCUCGCACGCCAUCAUCGCAGUACUGGUUGGGUUGUACUACGGCAACUGGGACGACCACAAGGACAAAGGAUGGGUCGCUGUGGCAUUCCUGUUCCUGUACAUGCUGGCCUUUGGCUGCACGUGGGGCCCAGUGCCCUGGGCAAUGCCCUCGGAGAUCUUCCCAAGUUUCCUUCGAGCGAAAGGCGUGGCUUGGAGUACAUGCAGCAACUGGCUUAACAAUUUCAUCAUCGGACUGAUCACUCCGCCACUGGUGCAAAACACGCGGGGUUUUGGAGCAUACACCUUCUUUGCAGUCUUCUGCGCGUUGAGUUUCCUAUGGACAUGGUUCUGUGUCCCAGAGACCCGGGGUCGAAGUCUCGAGGAUAUGGACCAGGUGUUUGGGGAUAGGGCUGCCGUAUCAGACAGGGUGCGGCGAAAGGAGAUCCUGAAAGAAUUAAGGCAGGAAGGUGGCCACUGGAGUCAGGAGAGGAUGGAGAAGGCAUAG